GUACAGAAAUGCAGGAACUGCGUGUCACAAACCGUGCUUCAAUCGCAUACUGCAAACUUUGGAAGCAUCGCUGCGCCAAGCCAUGCGGACAUAGACAUCGGCAGUAUUCCAACAACAUACACGUUCCGUGGACAUCACCCAUAUUUUUCGCAUAACAGCCGGUCUCUGGAAACCAAUCAGAUUUACCAAACAAAUGAUUACAAUGAUAAAAGCAUCGGAUUCGCCAAACGACAAUCACCGUUGCAAAUUUCAUAUGCACCGAAGACCAUUACCCAAUAUGACGAAAAAAUCCCGCUCAAAGUGCACGAACCACGGGAAGAUCCGAAACUUUUCUAUCAAUCCGAUAUAUAUCUUAAAGACAUUAAUGGCCGCAAUAUAAAUCAAGAAGUAGCAUCCAUAUACCCUGGAAGACAAUACAUUCCAGCUGAUGAGAAAUAUCGCGUGCCGAAACAUUUGCUAAGAAGUUAUUAUGAAAAUCAUUCUUACGCUCCACCACAAAAAAUUUGCAUACAGUGUCCCCGCGAUAGAACAUUAGUAGCCAAAGUAGGAGCCGACCGAGUAUUCUUUCAAAGUCCUACACUAAAGACAUGUUCAGGACGUAAAGCACCUACAAAUGUUCGCUUUGUCCACAUGUACGGAGCUAAAUUUGGAACAUUACUUGAACGGGGUUCCCACGUGGUACUCGGCAGACUCAUGUACAAGAAUCAAAGUGUCCAGCAUUGCAAGAUUCAGGUGCAUGUUAUCGUUCAAACUUGUCCAACACCGAAGUAUUUGAUAUCGCAUUGCGAAGACGAAUACAAGCCAUGCAAUUUCACAUGUCGUGACAAAACAUUAGAAUUACAAGGAGAGUCCGCUUUAUUUUGCGGUGAAGAUAUGAAAUGGGAAGGCUUUCUACCGCAUUGUAGAGCUCGUAACUGGUGUAAGCCUCUGCCGCCACCAGAUAACGGACAAAUUAGUUGUAAAGGUGAUACAGCAGAACCAUAUUCGGGUCUUGUGGAGGGAGCCCGGUGUCGAAUACGCUGUCCAUUAGGCUGGCGAUGGAACGACAAAGCUGUUUCUGUCUGUCGACGAGGAACUUGGACAAAUAUAUUAAAGUGCAUACCUAAAAAAGAAAAGCAAAAAUAGAUCUGUAUUAAAAAAUAUUUCUUAUCUUUAAUUCUUAUACUUUUUUAUUUUAUAAAAUAUUACAGUUUUUAAUAAAUAAAAAUACCAAAA